AUGAUCGCCAGCUUCUUUAGCCAAAAGAGCGCUAGAACCCCAGAUGAAGAAGCAAAAAUCCUGAGAAAACUCAGUCCCAAUGAAUGCUUUCAAAGCGCUCAGCACUUACUGAGACUUUAUAUCGGAUGCGCUUUGUCCUGCCGCUACGUUAUACCAGAAACACUUUUGGCCUUGGAUGCAGACUCGUUCAAACUUGUCAUUGAGACUGCAUUUGCGCGUGCCAUUCUUCAACAUCCGGCUUUAACCGUCGGUCGGAUCGAUGAUAACACCAAAGCACCGCUCUGGGUUCGCCUAGAUCGCAUCGACUUUAACAACCAUAUCACAUGGUCUGAGUCUUCUGAAAACAGCGAAAAUUCUCUUCGUGAUGUCCUAGAAUGGCAGGUCAAUAACCCAUAUCUCAACCUCGAGAGACAGCCCUGUUGGAGAGUGGUGAUACACAAAUACCCUAGGUUUAUGGAUGUCGUCUUUGCAUGGGAUCAUUCGGCAGGUGAUGGAAAGAGCGGCAAGAUACUUCACGAUACUUUCAUCACCUGCCUUAAUACGCCAGAAUCCAACAAUAUCAUGCUGAAGAACCGAUCUUUCGACGUUCCUAUUACUCCCCACACGCCCCCGAUGGAUCAAUUAAUCGAACUUCCCAUCUCACUAGGCUACAUCACAUCAGAACUCAGCCGCGAGUUUCUUCCGCAAUUAUCAACUAAACCUCACAUGGCGACUUGGGCGCCCAUUUUCACUGAGCCAGCAAAGACUCGCCUUUCAUGGACGCGGGUUACGAAAGAAGCUUUCCCGUCAGUGUUGGACGCUUGUCGAAAGCAUGAGACGACCUUGACUGCACUUUUAAACACGCUCCUCGUGGUAUCAAUAGCGACGAGACUCUCUGAGGACAAGGCUCGAGCAUUCUCAUGCGGAACGCCUAUUUGUUUCAGGCAAUUCCAAGUUAGAAAAUCCGAUGUCGACUGUAACAAGACGAUUAUGAACUGUUAUGCCUACUGGCCCUCUAUCUUUGACAAGUGUCUUGUUGCAAAGAUCCGCCAGCAGUUCAGCGAUGCCAAAGCGAACCCCGAUUUACAUUCAAAUCUUGAGGAUGCCGUUUGGGGCGUUGCCAGGACAAUCAGAGAAGGAUUGCUGGCAAAAUUGAGUCAGGGCACUAAGAAUGAUACAGUGGGCUUGGCUAAGUUUAUUGGUGAUUGGCCGUCAUACUUCAAAGGCCUUAGUAAGACGCGCGAGCAUGCCUUUGAAGUAAGCAACCUAGGCGUCAUCGACGGCGGACUUCCGGAGAAUAGUGAUGGGAAGGACAAGUGGAGUAUCGAUGGUGCCAGCUUUGCUCAGAGUUCGCCUUCUUUCGGAGCAGCAUUGACUCUCAAUGUUAUCUCUACCAAAGGCGGGGAAUUGGUUAUAACUAAUGCUUGGCAAACUGGAACGGUUGAUGAUGAGCUUGCUCGGGGCGUGACUUCUGAUAUCGAGAUGUGGUUGAAUAGGCUGGGACAUACAGGGUGUUUUAAGUUUACAUGA